ACGAGCAUGUCAGAAUACUUAUCAAAAGCGGCUGCUUUUGCGCAAAAUGCAGCCAAAUUAUCUAAAAAAGUUUCGGAAGGUAUUGUGGAAAAUGCGCGUGAAUUUGGGCUGGAAGCUACUUCCUCAGGUCAUUAUUUUGAUACUUCCGAGGAAAAAAUGAGAGAUAUUAAGCGACAGUUAGAUUCAAGGCAUGACAGAGAGAAAAUGGAUGGGCUGAAAAGACUGAUCGCGAUGAUCUCUAAAGGACGUGAUGUAUCCGAAUUCUUUCCUGAUGUUGUAAAGAAUGUGGCAUCUCAAAACCUCGAAAUUCGAAAACUAGUGUAUAUAUAUCUCCUUCGAUAUGCUGAGCAAGAACCUGAUCUUGCACUUUUAUCAAUCAAUACCUUUCAGAAAGAUUUGACUGAUCAAAACCAGUUGAUCAGAGCGAUGGCCUUACGAGUUAUGUCUGGUAUCCGAGUGCCCGUUAUAAGUCCUAUAGUAUUAUUGGCAAUUAAGAAAUGUGUGACUGAUUUAUCAGCAUAUGUAAGAAAGACUGCAGCCCACGCAAUUCCAAAGUGUUAUAGUUUGGAUCCUUCUCAGAAAGAUGCUUUGGUUGAUAUAAUCACUACCCUACUAAAAGAUAAUUCUUCAUUUACAAUUGGAAGUGUAAUAAUGGCUUUUAAUGAAGUUUGUCCUCAUAGAUUUGAUUUAAUUCAUCCACAUUUUCGAAAAUUAUGCCGGAUGUUAAUUGAUGCUGAUGAAUGGGGGCAAGUUGCUAUUAUUGGAUUAUUAUUAAGAUACGCUAGGACUCAAUUCUUGAAUCCAAAUCCUAAUGAACCACGUGCAUCUAAAAAGAAAAGAUCAAGAGCUUUUUAUUCGGAUGAGGAUUCAGAAAAGUCAGAUGAUUCCCUUGAAAAUUCGUUUAUCCUUGAUCCAGAUCAUGAGUUACUGUUGCGAUCUUGUCUUCCACUUUUGCAAAGCCGAAAUAGUGCUGUGGUUCUUUCAGUUGCGAAAAUUUUCUAUCAUUUGGCUCCAGUUGAAGAAACAUAUAAAUUGAGUAGGCCCCUCGUGAGGUUACUACGUAGUCAUCGAGAAAUUCAAUACGUUGUACUGGCAAAUAUCGCUACUAUGGCAACCCAAAGACCACACCUGUUUGAACCUCACCUUCAGCAAUUUUUUGUUCGCUCAACAGAUUCAGCUUUUAUUCGAAAUCUUAAAUUGGAAAUUAUGACAUUAAUUGCAACUGAAAACAAUAUCACGGUUCUUCUUAGAGAAUUGCAGGAAUAUGUCAAAAGUCCUAACAAGGAAUUUGCGACUGCGGCUAUUCAAGCUAUUGGCCGAUGUGCAAUCGGGAUGCCAGAUAUGGCGGAAAGUUGCCUUAGUGGGUUGAUGAAAUUGCUGUGGAGUAAGAAUGAUGCUGUUGUUGCAGAAUCUGUUGUAGUUAUCAAAAGACUUUUACAAUUAAGGCCUCAGGAUAAUGCAGAUUUAAUCAUACAACUGACUAAAGCACUUGAUCAAAUUACUGUGCCAAUGGCUCGAGCUAGCAUAUUUUGGCUAGUCGGUCAAUAUGCUCAAAACCUUGAAAAAGUUGCUCCAGACGUACUUAGGAAUUCUGCUAAAUCUUUCAUAAAUGAGGAUGAUAUAGUUAAACUACAGAUUAUCAAUUUAGGCGCAAAAUUAUAUUCACUUAAUCCAUCAGAUCAGGUUCUUAACUUGCUUUUCCAAUAUGUUCUCAAUCUUGCACGAUAUGAUCUGAACUACGAUAUCAGGGAUCGCGCAAGACUUCUGCGAGGUUUAAUUUUGAAAAAUGAACAGAAGGAUGUAACAUCUGAUAAUGGAGAAAUUGGGGAAGUACAGUCUUCUGAUUCAAUUAAAAGUAAUAUUUUGAAAGAGAAUUUAAAACAAAUUCUUCUAUGUGAAAAAGAAGCUCCGUCCGAAGAGAGUCCAUCUGCAGGGCGAGAUCGUUUCACCAUUGGAUCAAUGGCUCUCGUCCUAAAUCAUUCUAUACCUGGCUAUGAGCCAUUACCUGAUUGGCCGACUGAAAAACCUGAUGGCUCGGCGCGGAACAAUUUGGAUGAAACAUACAGCCGAUCACAGGCUGUGAAAGGGUUCGGAAGCGAUUCGUUUGGUGGUUAUACACCAUCUGUUUACGAUAAGCCUUUAAACACUAAUAACCGAAAAGAGGUAUAUGACCUUGACCGCUUUUAUGAUUCAGAAAAUUCUUCAGACGAUGAUAAUUUACGUGCAAAAGCUUCAGGUCUUCGUUAUGAUUCUAUCGGAGACGAAACUUCAGAAAAUGAGGAAGACGAUGAUGAGGAGACAAGUAAUGAUGAUGAGGAUGAGAGUGAGGAUGAGAGUGAGGAUGAGAGUGAGUCCUCCGAAGGGGAAGAAGAAAGUUCUGUAGAUGAAGAAACAAAUGAAGAAGAAACAUCAGAGGAAGAGGAGGAGGGGGAGGAGGAAGAAGAACAAGAAUUAUUAUUGGAAAAGACAAGAGAAAAAGGGAAGGUACGGGAAACGCCCAAGUCGCGUUAAUUAUUUAACUUCAAAAGAACUUUAUAAAAAACACAUUUUGUAUUGGAACGUAUAGAUUUCACUAUAGAAAUAGCAUAUUAUUAAUUACUAUUUAUUUACUGAUAUAAUUUUCAAUAUUUUGUUAACACUGACUAAACAUAAUCAUAACCUUUUAAUCAAAUUAUUGAAAUCAAUUGUUUUCCAUUGUUUUUUUUUUUUUUAAAAAAAAAGAAAGAAAAAGAAACAAAAAAAGGAACCCUAAAUAAAAAUUAAGUUUAUGUUGGCCUUGCAGGGGUAGCUGAACCUGCAGCAGGUCUAAUAGCUAUUAUUUGACUUGGUUGUUGUCGGAAUUGUGCUCUGAAUUGUUCACGACUU